AUGUCGACUCCCUACCGAGAUCUGCCCGCCAAACCGCCGUCAAACCCGCUGCAGGAACUGUUCAACGAGUUCCGUAACCUCGAAGAACUGUUGCCCCCGUCGUUGAGACGCCUGGCGCUGCAAUUGUUGGACAACUUGUACAUCGAAACUCCCCAAAACGAACGCGAACGCCAGCAAUGGUACCGGGGCCAGUCCCAGCUGAGACUGUCGUCCCGCCAGCCUGAUGUUAAGGACCAGCAGCAGGGCCAGCCGCCCCAGGGGUCGCAGGCCGAGCGCCAGAACAAGUGGUUGCGCCGCCUUUCCGUGCUGGAACACGGGCGUGAGCUGUCGCCCGUGCCCGUGCCCAAGCCCAAGUUCAACCCCCACCAGUUCCUGCCCGCUAUGAACACUAAGCAGCUGUCUACCGGUGUGUUGUGGUGUACUGAGCGCGCUACCGAGUACGGGUUUGACCCCGAGGACCCGGCCUGGGCCAAUAUGGGUCAAGGUGCCCCCGAACACGGCGACACCAUCCCUGGUUCGUUCCCUCGUCCCAAGCUGAUCCCGGUGCCGGUGCUGGCGAACGAAUACGCCCCUACUGCGGGGGUGAAGCUGUUGCGGGAAGCGGUGGCCAAUUUGUACAACGAGACCUACCGUAAGGAUAAGGCGAGCAAAUACACGUGGAAGAACGUGUGUAUUGUCCCUGGUGGGAGAGCGGGGCUCACGAGAAUCGCCUCGAUCAUCUCCGACUGCUACCUCUCGUUCUUCUUGCCCGACUACACUGCCUACGCGGAAAUGUUGUCGCUUUUCAAGAACUUCUUGCCCAUCCCCGUGCCUCUUUCUGAAUCGGACAACUACCAGGUGCACUUGGACCUUAUCAAGCGGGAAAUGGACCGUGGGGUCCAGGCGUUGCUCACCCUGAACCCGCGUAACCCCACCGGAAGAUCGAUGCUGAGAGAACAGCUUCAAACUUUGCACAACAUGUGCCGGGAAAAGUGUCUUUUGAUCAUGGACGAGUUCUACAACUACUACUUCUACGACGAAGGGUGCACUGGCUCGUCGAUCUCGUCGGCGGAGUUCGUCGAGGACGUCAACAAGGACCCUGUGCUCAUCAUCAACGGGUUCACCAAGGCGUUCCGGUUGCCCGGGUGGCGUAUCUGCUGGGUGGUGGGCCCCGAGGAGUACAUCCUCAACUUGUCGAGUUCGGGGUCGUACCUCGACGGGGGGCUGAACGCCCCCUUCCAAUACACGUGUGUCGACUUCUUGAAGCCGGAUCUCGUCAAGGAAGAGAUGAAGGCGUUGCAGGUGCACUUUAAGAUGAAGCGGGACUACAUUGUCGGUCGCCUCACCAAGAUGGGCUUCCCCUUCGACCAAGGCAAUAACAGCACCAAGACCCCCAACUCCACCUUCUACAUGUGGCUCAACUUGGCCCACUUGCCGGGCAAGUUGUCCAACUGUCUCGGGUUUUUCCACGAGUGCUUGCACGAAAAGGUCAUCGUUGUGCCCGGUUUCUUCUUCUUGAUCAACCCGCAAAACUUGCUGCGUAUCGAUGACAUCAUCUGGUACCACUACGUGCGUAUCUCCUACGGGCCCGAGUUCCACCAGGUGGUCAAGGGGAUGGACGGUAUCGAGCGCAUCUUGGACCGCUUCGGGUGCUUGCCUUACAAGCUUGAACAAAAGACGUCGACCACGCACGCUCAGCCUACUGCUACUGCUUCUGCUUAG